CUGCAUGCCAGUGAUCUGCUGGAAGUUCGGAGAGCAGGCCAACAAAUCUGGUUUAGCCGUUUCACUCUUGUGGUCAUGGCCCGCUUGUGUCUGUAUGCAUUACUCUUCUUGAUGUGCUGUGAUGUUUCCAUGCAAAGAAAAAAGAAAACUGUCCAGACUCUCUCACGAGGCUGGGGAGAUGAGAUCACCUGGGUUCAGACAUAUGAAGAGGGAUUAUCAAAAAUGAAGGCAAGCAAUAAGCCUUUGAUGGUUAUUCAUCACUUAGACGAUUGCCCACACAGUCAAGCUCUCAAAAAGGUAUUUGCUGAGAACAAAGAUGUCCAACGAAUGGCCAAAUCAGAUUUCAUCAUGCUCAAUUUGAUGCAUGAGACGACAGAUAAUAAUCUGGCUCCUGAUGGCUAUUAUGUUCCCAGGAUUAUCUUUGUUGACCCCUCUUUGACUGUGCGUACUGACAUCGCUGGCAAGUACUACAACCGCAAGUACACCUAUGAGCCUGACGAUGUGGACUUCUUGGUGGAGAACAUGAUAAAAGCCAAGAUUCUGCUUCACUCUGAGCUGUAGGAACAGAGCCAGCCACACAGGACGUCAGCGUCCGAGACUUGAAUGGUUGAAUUGACUGUAGAAUAGACCAUUUCAAUAAAUAUAGGCCUACAUGUUUAAAUAAACAUUUUUGUGAAUA